AUGCGCGAACUUUUGACCAGAAAUGCUAUGUUAGAGAGGCAAGUUGCUGAGUUACGUGGACAAAUAGAUACCCGCGGUUUAACCAAACUGAAGACACCAAGGCGACCACUGGAUUUCACUAAGUAUGUCGAGUUAUUUUUUAUUUUGAGAUUUACAAAGCGUCGAGUUGCUCUUAAGAUCUUGUAUUUGGGUUGGGAUUAUUGCGGGUUAGCUCGUCAGGAAAUCACUAAAUGCACUAUUGCGGAAAAACUGAUUGAGGCCUUUAUGAAUUGUCGAUUGAUCGAAGAAUCUAGUGACAUUCGAUUCGCUGUAUGUGGACGCACAGACAAGGGAGUUAGUGGCUUUUCACAGGUCGUUGCCUUAACGCUGCGUUCAAAUGUCCACGAUGGUGUUGGUGUCAUUGCUCCUGACGAUACUAGCAAGUUGUAUCCUCCAAAACCGGAAAUCGAUUAUGUGCUUAUUGGAAACAAAAAUCUGCCGCCAGAUAUUAGGAUACUUAGCUGGAGUCCAGUGCCCCUUGACUUCAGUCCUAGGCGGGAUUGCAUCAGUCGUUCCUACAAAUACUUCUUUCCUGCUGUAGACUUGGAUAUUGAAUGCAUGCGUUUGGCCGCUUCAAAACUGAUAGGCCAUCAUGAUUUCCGUAACUUCUGCUCCUCUCAGGUUGCUAAUGGAGUCCUUAACCACGAACGUACUAUUUUCAAGAUCGAGAUUUUUGACAGCGAUGCCGAUAAAACGUCAUUGACGCUCUGCUUGAUGUGCAGAAGAUGCCAGGAAAACCGCAUUACCAAAUGGCGGAGGGUAAUCUCAAUUAUCGCCCUUUAUAACGUUUACACAUUAGCGGAACCCCUUCUAUUUUUCGAGCCAGAGUUCGAAAACAUGAAUUGGCAGUCAAGUCUGGAUAUGUUUCCGGAUCGACGCCAAGAGCACUAUUUUGCAGCUAUAUCGCGUGAGGCACCCUCGUCAAAGGAAUUUAAACGCAAAUCAAUUUUGGAGCGUCCCACUGAUGAUGCGCUUGAAGAGAAAGUAAGGAAGGUAGAAAACCGAGGCAAGCUGCGGGUGGCACGUCUUACUGGUCAUCAGGUUGUUUGUUGCAGUUGCGUAUAUUCUACGAUGGCUUCCGCAGAAAACAUUGAUCAGGACAUUAAGAUAUUUUAUAAAAAACUGUUUCCUUGUGAUUUGCUUUGCAAAUGGUUGUCUUGUGGAUCUAAACAGCCCUUUGAAACGCUUUCUAGGAGGGAGUUCAGUUUUUCAUUUGCUGGUGAUGUCUAUCUCCGAUAUCAAAGCUUUGGUGAUCCCGCUUCUUUUCGUUCAGAACUUGUGAGAACAUGUCCAAACAAAAUUGACAUCGGAGCUGUUUAUAGUGCUCCGCCGCGGCUGCAAAGAUCUCUGUCGUCCACCACUUUUGUUCCCGAAUGGAAGGAGUUGGUUUUUGAUAUUGACUUAACCGACUACGACGACAUACGUUUUUGUUGUGGAUCUGCAAAUCCUAACGCAAAGACUGCAGUGUGCCAUCGCUGUUGGGAAUUGGCCAAAUGUGCUGUUAUAUGUUUGGAGCGAGCUUUAAGAUGCGAUUUUGGCUUUGAGCACAUUUUGUGGGUUUACUCUGGACGGAGAGGUGUACAUUGUUGGGUUUGUGACCCCGUCGCCAGACAUUUGGACUCAGCUGGUCGAUCGGCAGUUGCAGAAUACUUAACCUUUGUCCAUUCGAGUGAUGCGCGGAAGCAGAAACUGAAAAUUUCGUCACUUCCGGAGCCAUUACUUCAUCCAUCUGUUGAGGCCGCUGCAGAUACGUUAGAUUCACAUUUUGUGAAAUACUGCGCGUCUCAGAAUCUUCUGAACUCCCACUUUCCUGAUCGAGUGAAAUUGAUGCUCCAACACCUUCCCCCUGAUUUGGAUUCUCAACGGAACGUUCUCUUCGACCAAUGGGCUAACAGGGAGGAAGACAAUUCUGAUUCGACUGUAAAGCGUUGGAACACUUUGAAGUGUUUCCUUCAAUCGGAGAAGCGCGAUAAUGUCAUCAAAGAUAUUAUUUUGAAUACCGUUUAUCCCAGACUCGAUACUAAUGUCACAAAUGGUUUUGGUCAUCUCUUAAAGAGUCCAUUUUGUGUCCACCCGAAGACCGGCUUUAUCUGCGUUCCUAUCGACUCUCAUCUCAUUGAGUCAUUCGAUCCACUGACCGUGCCUCGGUUAAAUGAGCUUGUAUCUCAACUUUCGCAGGCAAAUACUCACAACGAGGUGGCCUCUCAGCAUCUACUGGCGUACAAACAUACCACACUUCGUCCUUAUGUUGAAUUCUUUGAAAGAUUUGUCGAUCGACUCUCCGCAUCUAUGCAGCUGACUUCGAAGUCUGAAAAUGAUGUUGACACCACCGGGAUUUACGGUGGGAUACCAAGUCUGGAGGUUGUCUAA